UACAUCAUUGUUUACAUGUGAACAUGCUACCGGGUUGUGAAAUAGAGAAGCUGGAAAGUGACGUUUCCUAGAUACUGGAAAAUUGAGUUUAGGUUGAAAAACUUCAAGUUUCAUAUAAAUUGUAAGAUCUGAUAUCAAGAUGGAAAUAACGUUUCUUGGGACUGCAUCAGCAUACCCGACACCUUCGAGAGGAGUAUCCUGCGUUGUUCUCAAGCAUGAUAGCUGGUGCUGGAUGUUUGACUGUGGAGAAGGAUCACAGAUUCAGCUGAUGAAGAGUCCCCUUAAACCAGGGAAAAUCAGCAAAAUAUUCAUAUCUCAUCUACAUGGAGAUCAUUGUUUUGGACUCCCCGGCCUCAUGUGUACCAUCAGCCAGAACAACGCAAGGACCGAGCCUGUGGAGCUGUAUGGACCGCUGGGACUCAGGAAGUUCCUUCGUGUGUCUCUGGAGCUGUCUCGCUCACAGCUCGGGUUUGACUAUAUCGUUCAUGAGCUGCAGGUUCUUGACAGCCAGCUGCCAACUGAUUGGAUGGACUGGACUGUUGACCACACUGCUGAUGAAAAACUCCAUCCAAACGAGAAGGCAGGUAGACUUAUCUCCCCUGAUGAAAAUGGUGUGUGGCAACUGUUCAAUGAUGGGAAGUUCUACGUGCAGGCUGUUCAACUCAAACAUCGGGUGCCAUCAUUUGGGUUCUCUGUACAGGAGGCACCACAACCAGGCAGGUUCGAUGUCCAGGCCGCCAAGGCUAGGGGAAUUCCAGCUGGGCCCCUGUACUCUAAGCUCAAGUCUGGGGAAGCAGUUGUCCUCGAAGAUGGAACUAAGGUAGACGCUAGUGAGGUGGUCGGACCAUCACGACCUGGACGCCACAUCCUGGUGAUGGGGGACACUAGUGACACCUCCGAGCUGGUCAAGGUGGGGCGAGGAGCAGACGUCCUCGUACAUGAAGCAACACUGGAGAACGCUUUGUGGGAGAAGUGCUUGGAGAAUGGUCAUUCCACUCCAGCAAUGGCGGCAGAGGUGGCACAGCAGCUGGAUGUAGGACAACUCAUACUCACCCACUUCAGCCAGAGAUACAGGCCGUUAUCUUAUGAUGCCCAGGAAGGGGAGGACUCUGUGGUGAAGCUGCUGGAGGAGGCUGAGAAUGUCCUGGGGAAGGGCAAGGUCAUCUGUGCAGAAGACAUGUACACCUACACAGUACCGAUGAAGAAGUCUUGAUACAUGACUAAUGACUUACCUCUGUCAUAGCAUGACCAGUCAUCUAUAAGUGAUGAUCUGAUCCAUUCUGUCUGGAGUUGGUGUCAGUGAUAGUGACACAGGCAUGUUGUUAGAAGGCCUCUAUUGGUGAUGUUUGUGAUGGUGUCAUGAUAACACAGGCAUGUAUGACUGAAGAUCUUUAUUGGUGAUGUUUGUGAUUAUGUCAUUGGUGACACAGGCAUGUAUGACUGAAGGUGUCUGUUGGUGAUGUUUGUGAUUAUGUCAUUGGUGACACAGGCAUGUAUGACUGAAGGUCUCUGUUGGUGAUGUUUGUGAUUAUGUCACUGGUGACACAGGCAUGUAUGACUGAAGGUCUCUGUUGGUGAUGUUUGAGAUGGUGUCACUGGUGACACAGGCAUGUAUGACUGAAGGUCUCUGUUGGUGAUGUUUGUGAUUAUGUCAUUGGUGACACAGGCAUGUAUGAGUGAGGGCCUCUAUUGGUGAUCUUUGAGAUGUUGUCAUUGAUGACACAGGCAUGUAUGACUGAAGAUCUUUAUUGGUGAUGUUUGUGAUGUUGAUUGUGCCAUUCACAAAUAUAAGUGCACUGAUUACUGAUUGCUCUCAAAGUACAAUUGAUUGUACAAAGGCUGUUUAGUGUCAUCUUCUGACAGAGAUGGUGAUUUGUCAGGUUGUCUUACAAGUCAUUUAAUCUAUAGUGUUCCCCCUAGGAUUCAGAAAGGACAGGGUAACUUUGUACAAAAGGGCACUUCAUAAUCUAAAAGGGCAGUUUGGUGAGGAUUAUUGAAAAAAUAACAAAAAAAAGGGCAGAGCGCAAAAAUCAAAGGGCAGGGCACAGCGCCCUCCUAAAUGUGCCUAGGGGGAACACUAAUCUACAUGUAUAUCUUCACCUGUCACCCUUUAUCAUAAAUUAUGUCAGUCAUGUUAAUAAAAACCCAAACCAUA